CACAGCAGUCAAAACCGUCUGUCUUCUAGAGUCUUUGGAUCCGCGGUCUUUAGAUUCAGGUGCUGUAUAGCGUUUAUUGUGAUUGUGUGUUGAGAGUGUCGGUCUGAUGGAGCUGCAGCAGAGGCAUUUGGUGGCGCCCAAUGUAUACAAUCAUGGGGAAGAAAGAGAAACAGCAGAAACCAAAACUGAGGACAUCUAUCAGUGUCUGCAGUACCCUCCAGCAGGAGCCCAAAGAACAGAUGCCGCCGAACAACCUGCUUUAGGGAGGAAGAUGAUGUUUCUGCUUAUAGCUCUCAUUGUCUCAUUACUGACCAUCAACCUCAUCAUCUCAGCAGCACACUUCUCUCACUUCAGACAGACGCUGGGAGUGAUGAACAGACAGAGCACAAGCAAAGAGAUGUGGCAUCUCCAUGACAACGUGUUUUAUUUGUUCUGGAACGAUCUUGGUGACUGCAACACUGCCGAGAGAUUCUGUGCCAAGAGAAAUGCCAGCCUCGCCACUGUGACACAGCGCAACAUGGCAUGGCUGCAGUCACAGACCAAAGGAAAUCACCUCAUAAUAAGGAGGAGCCAGUCAGAUGGAUCUGGAGACUCUGACUCCAUGUUUAUGGAUGAAGAUGAUUCUGAGUGUGACCUCCUUGGUGUGACCCCUGAGCAGGUGGAGGGAUGGGUGUGUGAGAGAGCAGCACAGAUGUCAUGACGACUGUAUUUUGUGUCCACUUGAGUCAAAUCGAAUAACUCAUUAGGUUUACUUGCACUAAACAGACAUACACAGCUGUUUUCUCUGAUUUUCAGUUUAUACUCGUGAUGCCAAAUGUAGUUUUUAUUUUAUAAUGUUUAAAGUUUGUUAUUCUCCCAGAACUGCCUCAGGAUCCUCCUUCUUUAUGAAACAUGCAUUACAGCUGUUGUUUUCUAAGCCCACCAGAUGGCAGCAGUUCUACGUUCUGAGUGUUUUUAAGAGGUGCAGGAAUUCUCGGCACAUUUAUUGAAUAGUUGAACUCAAAUGUUUAUAUUUUCAUCUGGACCACUGCAUUCCUGGGAGGUUCUCCACAGAAACUGUAUUUACAGAACCUGAACCUGAACGUGACUUUAUUCCCAGGUGGUCUGUAAAGCCUUCACAACAACAUGGAACCCACAGGACUCCUGGAGUCUACACUGUACCAACAUAAUGGCAUAAACUGCACUGUAUCCUAACUCAUCACGUGCAUGCUGGACCAGUCAUUACAGGACAGCGCAUCUGGACACCUGUCCUUUAGUAGUAGCCACUGUUUAUCAAGAAGCACCUGUAACCAGCUGCUAGCAGGAAUAUGAGAUUUUAAAUGAAUGGAGGUCAAAUGUUUUAGCACCGGGUUCAAUAUGACAUGGCUCAGAACAUUGGACAAAUAAAACUGCACCAAACA